AUGUUCAACAACUUUGCCAGCACCGUGGAGGGGGAAUUCCAAGUGAAACUUGGUCAUCUACUAGCCCGCGAAAAGGACAAGGGCGGAUUGCAGAUGCAGGAAACGAAAAAAGCCCCGCUGGUCUACGUUCCGGCAGACGACGAGACGUACGGUAUCCGGAACUGGAAUUCGAAUCAAAAGAUGAUGUACCUUCUCUGCCAAUUCUUCCCACCCAUCCCCACUUCCGGCCGGUGCUGGGACCCGGUGAAGCCGAUGGGGCACUGCUUUCCGGUUUGCGGAGCCACACUCGAUUUCGCGGCGCACGAGAUCAAAUUCGCCGACAUGGCGCUGGCGAUCAGGGCCGCCGAGGAGGAGCUGGGCACGGCGGAAAUUAUUUUCGUCGCGCUGGAGCGAACCAACGACGACGCGAUGUCUAUGGAAUACCAGGUUUCUCUGCUGCCGAUCGAGUCGCACGGGUUUUUUGACGAGGAGCUGUACAAGAGGCUGGCACACACCAUCAAGGCCAAGCUGUUCGAGCUGAGCGUAUCCCACUACUCGUUCAGCAACUUCCGACUGCGCCUGUCCAGGACCGAUUUUACGCCGAGUCGAGUGGCAAAAAUCCUCGGGACAGCCCUAUUUUGCAUGUUGAUGCUCGGCACGUUUUUGUGGUAUCACUGGAGGACGGGGACGUAUCGUAGAUUCACGGCCACCCGUAAUCUACUACCCAACAUCCCGGUGCUGUUCAGCCGCAAGAAAUCGGAAGACGUCGUCGAGCUUCUUCCUAGUGAUCCGAAGGAAUCCACGUUUCCAGAAGACCCAUAUGUAAAUCUCAAUUUCGAGGAGCACGAGGAGGAGAAUGAGGAAAAUCUAGCAUCAGCAUAUCCAGAGGUCGAGGAAAUCGAGCCGCAUACUGUAGCCGUACGCAGCAACGACACGGAACUGACGCUCCUGGAUUUU